AUGGUGCGCUGGACUCAGAAUGCGGAUAAACUGCUUCUAUGCAAGAUCCUCGAGACCCACGACUUAACUCUGGACUUCAACAAAAUCGUUGAAGCAUGGCGUGAGUACCCAAUACCAGUCUCUUUUAUUCUUUCCAUGGUGCUUACAAUAUAUCUAACUGCUGAACUCUUUGCAGCUCCCUGUGAUGAGAUGCCGACCCCUCGUGCGAUCAGAGAGCGAAUCGUCAAAAUCAAGGCAACGGCAAGUACUGCCGUUUUGGAAGAGCAAGCCCAAACACCUGGAGAAGCCGGUCCCUCAGCCCCAAAGGCCAAACGUGGAAGAAAAUCCAAGGCAAAGGUAGUGCCUCCAGCUCCUAAGUCUGACCCUGCCGCAGACUCCGUUGUCACAGACUCAGCUCCUGGUUCCCCUGGACCGACCCCCUCCAAGAAACGCAAGCGCAAUCGUACUAUCAAGAAGAAGGAGGAGGAGCCCGUUGUGGAAAAAACUCCGGAGCCCUUGAAGUCUGAGAGCGGGGGGGAAAAAUGA